AUGGUGAGAAUUCCCGAUCUGUUCGUUUCCUGGGCGUCGCAGGCGCCGCGCGUAAACCCGUUUUAUGAAAAAGUGAGGCCCCAAUUUGAGGGGUGGUUUCGGGACGUCUGCAAGCUCGAUGAACAACAGUACAAGAAAUUCGUUCUAGGAGAUCUGCCCUAUUUUGCGGCCGUAUGGGCACCAGAUGCGGACGAGGAUGCGUAUCGGCUUGCUUGCGAUUGGGUGGGCUGGGUCUUCGUCUUUGACGAUAAAAUCGACGAAGGCGAACUCCGCCAUCGAACGGAUCUUGUCCGCAAAGAGAUCCAAGCGACCAUGUCGUUGACGGGCGCAAACCCGAUAGCAUAUUCUCCGCAGGAACGAGGGGAUCUGUAUGUGUUUGACUCGAUAUGGCAGAGGAUCAAGAAGGCUCCAGAGGGUAUUCAACGUCGAUUCAUCGACACUCACCAAAAGUACAUGGGACAGCUGCUGGAAGAGACCAACACGGACUCGCUGGGCUUGUUCCAUGACAUAGAUUCCUUUGUCGAUCGUCACCGGUUUUCCGUCGGGAUUUGCCCGAUGUAUCCGAUUCUAGAGUACUGCAACAAACUCGAUUUACCGGAUUAUGUCUUCGAGACGGCUUCUAUCCAGAAGCUGGAAGCUUUGGUCUCGGAGAUUGGGCUUUUAACCAACGACAUAUUUUCCUACGCCAAAGAAUGCUCCUCCGGCGACCAGCACAACAUCAUCAUGUUCCUCCGCCAGAAAGAGGGCUUGAGCCAGGAAGCGGCCUACGAGCGCAUCGGCCGGGAGAUCACCCGCCGGUAUCAAGAAUGGUACCUCGCGCUGGCGAAGCUGCCGCAGUGGGGGGAGGCAAUCGACGUUCAAGUGCAGAAAUACGUGCGCGCCCUGCAGGACCUGGUGCUGUCGAAUCUGAACUGGAGCUUCCGCAGCCAGCGAUACUUUGGCAAGGGGAAUGAGCUUGCAAGGCGAGAGAGGCUAGUCCCGGCUGUAGUGGACCAGUAG